AUGAUAGGAAAUUUUUCACACCCGCUGACAUAUCUGUGUUACUGGUGUUUUAACGGGUCGGCGGGCUGGACUGGAUAUCAUCAUAUCUUGCGCGGUGUCGGGUCACGAACUGUCAUUCCGAACCAACCCAAGCUCACAACCGUAACACCCCAAUGCCCUCCCCCCCCCAUACCACAACCUCCAAAACCUUACUUUGACAAAGGAAGAAGACCUGACCCCCCCCCCUUUCACACACCCGGCGGGAUUCAAAACCCUCCGCACAUCCCUCCUUCGCCCACCCACCCAGCACUGCAGGGUUUUUUUCUCUGGUCGAGUGAGCUUUCAUGACUAGAGCUGCAGCAUGGGACCUACUCGCCAAUCACCCGUCAUCCAUUUAUUCAUAUGCUAUCAUCAAACGAUCGCGAAAGAACGAGUGCGCAAUAGGGCAACGUAUAAUAAACGGGGGCUAUCGUAAUCAUAAUCCGGGGGAUUUUUUUUUAUACGGGGUUAUAGCAUUGGACGCGCAAUUAGCGUCCGGUUCGUUGAUAUGGCCGGGCAAGGGUUGUGUCGAAAAAGGAAAAAACGGAAUCGCAGUCACAGCUAGUGGAUGGGGAAAUUGAUAUGCUAAAGACUGUGAGAGGUGUUUGGCGCUAUGCUGUGCCAUAGGUAGGUGCGGUGCGCUCAGGAUAGGAAUCAAGGGUGAGAUAGGAUGAGAUAGGAUGGGAUACGGUAGGAUAGGAUCAGAUUGGCUUCUCAAUUUUGCGGUAUU